AUGAACUCCAUCCGGGAGAUUCAGCGCAUCAAUGAGCGUGAGCUGGAGUUGGGAUUGCAUGGGGCAGGAUCGUGGCAUGACGAGUACAAAGACUCCGCAUACAUCUACGUCGGUGGACUGCCCUACGACCUGACAGAGGGCGACGUGAUUACCAUCUUUUCGCAGUAUGGCGAAGUCGUCAACAUUAAUUUGCCCAAGCCUCGCACAGACACGUCAGAACGCGGUGGUAGACCACCUGGCCCCGCCCGCGAACGUGAUACCCCCCGCCCCCGCGGCCACAAUCGUGGGUUCGGGUUCUUGAUGUACGAGGACCAACGCUCGACCAUCUUGGCCGUGGACAAUUUGAAUGGGACCAAGGUACUGGGACGCACCUUGCGUGUAGACCAUGUGAAAAACUACAAACAGGAACGCAUUCGAGACGCCGAGGGCAACUUGAUCGAUGUCGAGCAGGAGACGCUGAAUUGUGCGCCGCCUGAGACGGUGAUCGAUGAAGACGCGGCUGACGACAACGAUGCAGACUUAGAAGAUCCUAUGGCUGCCUACUUUGCAGACAAGAAGCGCGAUACGAAGCGGCCCACCACGUCGUCCUCACGUCAUUCACAUCGACAUGAACGCCGUUACGAGCAUGAGCGACACCGCCAUGACGCGCGAGAGGAAGAUAGGCAUCGACAUGGCAGCCGUGAGGACCGGCAUCGACAUCGGGACCGAUCGUCACCGCGACGUGAUGCUCACCGGUCCAGUCGACGUGAUCCGCCACGACGACGAUCGUCCUCGCCGCCGUGCGCGCGCGCGCGUUCGGUCACGCCGACCAUGGACCGACACGCCGCGAGCACCGACGAGAGCGACGAAUUGCGUGUCGAUGAGUUGGUGGUGUCGUUCGCGUGCGUUGUGCACGACUAUGUUCGUGCGCGUGCAUCCGAUGGGACGACAGUGCGCGUCCCGCUGCGCUCGGGUGUGACGUUUGGCGCUGUGCAAAGUCGUGGUGACCGUGCGCGCCAGGAAGAUGCGAUUUCCGUGGCAUGCCUCAUGCUCCCGUGUGACCAGUUGCGUGAGCAUGUAUCUGUGCACAGCACAAAGAGUGUAGCGCGAGACCCCUGGCAUGGCUGGUCCUGUGAAGAGGCGGGCGGUGCAGACUUGGGCGCUCAAGUGGUAUGGUUCGGAUGUUUUGACGGGCAUGGUGGGCCGGCCGUCGCGCAGCUGCUCAAAGAUAAGCUACAUCGUGUGUUUGAGGAGGCAGACGUGAGUAUGAUUACGGAUACGGUGCGGUAUACGCGCUCCAUUGGCGGGUACUUUGGGCGGUACACAGGCGGUAUCUUGGAGCGCUGGGUCGCCCAGGACCGCUUGACGAAGUCGAAACGCGCCUCGAAGAAACAGACUACAUCCAUCCCGGCCUCCUCACAGAUCCAGGCGCAGGCCCAAGCCCAUGCGAAUGAGCAGGCGCAGGCGCCGAUGCAGACGGCCAACACACUCUCGACGCUGAGUGAGUUGGCGUCCUCGUCGUCGUCCACGACGAGUAUUCCCGAGCUGGAUCACUACGUGGCACUACGGGACGAUGGCGGGGCGCAGGCGACACAUACCGAGCGCAUUGCGCCGCCGCACAACUUGGACCCAGCGACCAUGACGGUCGAGGAACGUGCGACGUUGGCGUGCUUGAUGAUGGACCGCGAAGUGCAGCAGAAUGAACAGUACUACGGCGCCGGCUCCACCGCGUCGAUUUUGCUCGUGCAUGGCCUCGACAUGCCCGCGAAGCCAUGGUACUCCAGCGAGAGUAUUUCGCUGACGACGAUCCAUAUUGGCGAUACGCGCUUCCUCUUGUGCCCAGUGGACGACGGCCAAGCGAUUCCUCUCACGACGCUGCAUCACCCCGAAGAGCCGAACGAAGCGGAUCGGCUAAGCCGGCUGGGCGCAGGGAUUGUGACAGACAGCUUUGGAGAGACGCGGUUCCUCGGCUCGUUUGCCAAUACGCGGUCGUUUGGCGAUGCGUUCGGUAAGCGCUACGGCGUCACAGCCGAGCCGGAAGUUCGUACGCACUUGCUGCGCGGCGGCCAGUUUGCCUUUGUGAUUGGGUUCAGCGAUGGGAUUAGCAGCGUGCUGUCCGACCAGGAGAUCGUCGACUUGUGCCGCGACGCAAAGCAUCCGCAGCAAGCCGCGAAGAAUGUGCUGCGUUUCGCCGAGGCACUGGGCAGUGACGACAAUGCCAGUGUGAUUUGUGUUCCGCUCAAGGGAUGGGGCCGGAUAGGCGGGCAUGAUCGCACGAAGGCGCAGCGCGAUAAGCGGCGCGAUGGACUGGAUGUAUUCCGGACCCGACGUACAUAA